AAGGCGUGCGCGUGCGCACUGAGUGGCCUUUGAUCAGCUGCUGGAGAAACAAGCGAGCGAGUGGAUCGCGCGCGGGGCUGCAGCGUCGGGAUCGCUUUUCGUCCGCCAGAUCCUUGCAGGCAUUGCGAGCUGCCGGUUCGGAGGGGAAGAGAGAGAAAAGGAGGAAAAGAGGGGGUGGGAAAGAAAAGAAGAAACUUGGCGUCUUGGGACAAGCCAUGAAGUUCCAGUACAAGGAAGACCACCCUUUCGAGUACAGGAAAAAAGAAGGGGAGAAAAUCCGGAAGAAAUAUCCAGAUCGGGUGCCUGUUAUUGUGGAGAAGGCACCCAAAGCCAGAGUACCCGAUCUGGACAAGAGGAAGUACCUUGUCCCAUCUGAUCUCACAGUUGGCCAAUUCUACUUCUUGAUCCGAAAGCGAAUCCACCUGAGGCCAGAGGACGCCCUGUUCUUCUUUGUCAACAACACCAUUCCUCCCACCAGCGCUACGAUGGGCCAGCUGUACGAAGAUAAUCACGAGGAGGAUUAUUUUCUGUAUGUGGCUUACAGUGACGAAAGCGUGUACGGCAAAUGAGCCCCUCGGCCGCUGUCCUCACAGUUGCGAUGGCCUGAAAUGACUGUUCUGGGAGGGCGUUUCUGCGUCAGACAGAAGCAAGAAGAGGGAGGAAGAACUGGACAACAAGCCACAUAAUCUCAUGCCAUCAUUCCUUGCACCUUUAUUUUAAAUUAAUUAUUACUGUUGUUUUAUUUAAUCCGUUGGGGGAACGAAUAGUUGCUGUCUUGCGGCGGUCAGGGCUUUGGGAUGGAGAGAUCUGUUUGCCAAGUUCCCAUUUUCCAUUACACUACCUGGCUCCUCCAUCAAUGCCCAGUGAGAGGAGAGGAUGCUACCUAGUGAUAUUGUCGGAACUACCAAAGGGAACUGUGGCUCUCCCCGUAGCAACUAAUCUUUAAUUUGCCUAUUUUUUAAAGACGGCAGCCCCCUCUCCUGUGCAUGAAGGAGAUAUUAAUUUCUGUUAAUUUGUGAGCCUUUUCUGCCCACCCUUUGCCCUCCUUUCCUUGGCCCUGAUCCCAGCGGUACGUGUGCACCCCUCUCCUGUCUUCCUCAUGCGUAGCAUCUCUGAUUUGAGUUCAUCCAUCACCCUAGCGGCAUGUCAGCCUCCUGUAAGCAGAACCAUGCAGAUGCCUUGCAGUAUGGAGAAAACCAGCUUCCUAAGCAGUUUGGCUAACUUAAAACAAUGACAGCACGUCCCUUUCUUUUGCGGUGUUACGAAUGAAUUGGACCUUGGGCGUCUAUCCUAUAUUGCAUUCUGCACGAGUGCUUUGUGAUGUUCUGUGUCCUUGCUUGCCAGUGAAAGGCUGUUCUCUGCUAGGUCAUCAUCCUGAUACCUGUCUUGUGUUUCCUUUGCUGCUAUCAAUUCAAUAUGGAAAGGGAAAAAAAAUAUUGGGAUUAACCUGCACCCACAGCCUUGCCUCUAAGCAUAUAUUCUGCAGUCCUUUUGUGAAAACAGUUGUGGUUUUUUCCUAAGGAGAGCGGCACCACUCUCCCACAUCCCUGACAAUAGCCAUCAAUAUUGAAAAAGAGUUUGCCCAAAGUAGGUAUUUAUGCUGCAGGGGCCACAGCAGUUUCUUUGUGACAGUAGUAUUGGUCUCCCUCUCUCUUUACACUGGUUGCUCCCCGUCGAGAAAUCAUGGUGAAAUGUAGGACGUUUUGUGUUGUGGCUUAUCUUUUUCAUUGCUCCCGAUGGUUAGAUUUUGUAGUUGUGUAGCAACUGAGCAUAUUUAGAAGAGAGGCGAAGGAUGAACAAAGGAUGGCAGCUACAUAACCUUAGACUGGAGAAGAAAAAUGAUUGCCUCUGGAAUCCUGAACUCUUUAGGUGACACCUAUUCUUGAGAAAUGUCUGAGUUUAUGGAAACUGGUGACAUGCCCGCCUCUGCUUCUCUGUUUAACUCCUCCCCCUGCUCAUAGCUUUAUAGCGUCAUUCCUACAAGAGUAUCACCAGAUGGCAAGGGGCCUAGUGGACCAGAACUCUCUUAGGCAGGGGCCAAGGAUUUGAAUAGUUGAAAUUGAAAUUGCACAGCUGGGGAGCGGAAGUGACACAAAUAGCUGGAGUGAUACUUGUUAGUUUCGGUGUGCCUGGAUGCACUCCUUGUGGGAAGACUGGUUCUGCUUAGUAUGCCAAGUUCCUUCCAGUACAAAUUUCAGUUGGCUCCACUUCCGUUUCCUCAGCCUUCCUGUCUUUCAGGAUGUCUUCAAGAGUCACAUUCCGAAUUCUUACAGGUCAGGCAAGUCCGGUGUGAGUCAGGGCAUGCCUGCGUGUGCGAUUGUGUGCACCAGUGUAUUCCCUCCCUCAUCUCUGCUUGGGGAAAUAUAACGGAUGUUGAAAGAGACUAUGAUCUACCCCCUCCCCCCAAUGCUGCUGCUGGUCUUUAACCGACGUUCAUGGGCUCUCAACAUACCCAUUUCUUACAUAUGAAGGAUUACGUUUGAAGGUUUUUUAUUUAAAACGGAUUGUGGCGUUUACUUUUCAUUUUCGCUUUUCUCCAGUAUGUAAAACGCAGUGUUGAUUAUACUUUGUCAUUAACUCCAACCAGCUUCAGAUUCCUGUAAGAUAAAAUCCAUGUCACAUUGGCUCAAAUCAAUAAACACACAUUUAAAGAUCUGA